CUCGCCUGCGACCUCGAUUUCCCCCAUGCUGGGUGCCGAGCCGCUGGACGUCGCCGGUAAAGCCAUCACCUCCUGGGACGUCCUCGAGCCUCUAGAGCAGUCCAUGCUGCUGGUGGAUGCCUCCCAUGCCCUGGCCCGUUCUCUGCCCCGGGAUGGCGACCUGGAUCCUCUGCCCGCCGCCGACGCCUCGUCUGCUCCCGCUCCUACUCCUGCUGCCGACGCUCCUGCAGUAGAUCUGCCGGUGCCAGAGCCUUGCUUGGCUCCGCUCGACGUCCUGUCUUCAGCAUUUGCCCAGGACGUGCUCACCGUGGCUCCAGACGCUUCUCCGGACUCGGCUGACGCGGUUGUCGCCGCUCUCGCCGACCGCCUUGUCGCCGCAGCCGCUGGCUCUACGCGCGGUGCCACAGACGUGCUUGCUCUUGGCGUUGCCGCGCUCACGCUCUUUGUCCAGGCCAACUGGACUGGCCCGCCGCCGCAUCUCGAUGCCACCCGCCGCCUCCCGCUCGUCGCCCCGCCCGCUGCGCCGACCGUCCUCGAUCCCGUCGCCCUCCCGGCAGGCGUGGUCGUUUCGGCCACGGCCGCUGCCGAGGAGCAAACCGCGCCGACUGAGAUCUCAGAGGCUGCUGCCGGAAAGGCCGAGGCCGACGAGUCCGACGAGGCUAACGAGGCUAACGAGGCUGACGAGGCUGAUGGCGAUGAUGCUGGCGAAGCGGCCGACGGCGAGUCGGCACGCGAGGACGCCGGCGCUGUGCCGUUCAUGCCGACUUCGGUCAAGCGACUCAACUACGCGUACUACAACGAUGAGUGGCACCGCGCCGCCAUCCGCCUGCUCGGCCUGGAUGGCGAGGAUGCGUUUGACAAGUGCUACUACCCAUGGUACCUUGUGGUCGCCUCGCUCAUCUUUAUUGACGCGCCGAAGGUGUACGACGCGCUGGCGGGUGCGGUGCCGUCGGCGGUGGUGUGGCGCGCGCGUGUUGCGCGAGCGCGGCAGUCGACUCUUCUUGCCCGCUCGCACACGCUCUACUCGAUCGUGGUCGAGCAGGGCGUCGGAGUCCUCGCCUCGUUUGCCGCCGUCAGCGAGCUGGGCGGGCCGGACGUUCCGGUCUCGCGCAUCCGCCUCGGUGUGCGGCUCACCCUCGAGGCCGCGUACGGCGCGCUCGACUACGACCGCACCGACCUGAUGCAAGCGUACCUGCUCCAUGCCCAAGCGCUGUCGGGCCUGGUCAUCGCGCUCCGCGGUGCCAAGGGCAAGCGGACCAAGUUCCAGAAGUUCACCACCACCCAUCUUUACGUUUCAGCGCAGGGCUCGCUCCCCCCCAUUGCCGGCGCCGACUACACCGAGCUCCCACACGAGCUCCCUUUCAUCGUCCCGAACGACUCGCCUGUCCUCCUCGAGGAGCUCACGUUUGAGACACCGAUCGACGAGCCUGCGGUCUCACUCGACGACGCGGCCAUCCUCCUUGCGCUCGCCGAGCUCAUCCGCGCCACCCAUCCGGUCUCGGAGCUGACCGACGAGCAAGUGCGACCGUUUGCGCGGCGCGCGCUCGACAACGGCAGCACGCAGGCGUCGUGGGCGAUGCGCGCCGCAGGGCUCCUCCUCAAGUCGCGGGUCGAGAUGCGCGGGAAGCGGACCAUCGAGCGGGCGUGCAAGCAGUUCCAGCGGCUGGUCGAGCUCCGCUUUGCUGACGUGCCGUCGGCGGAGCGGCCAACCGGCGUCGACCCGGCCAUCCUGCAGGUUGGUCCCGCUCCCGCCGAGCGGAUGGCAUACCUGUUUGCUCUUCCGCUCCCGCCGUGGUGGAAGCUUCUCUCCGAGCUCGGCUCGCUGUACAUGGACCACGGCCUGCCGCGCGCCGCGCUCGACUGCUAUGAGCCAAUGGAGGCGUGGGAGGACAUCGUCACGUGCUAUCUCUCGGUCCGCGCCACCUCGCGUGCCGAGCGGCUUGUCCGGGCUCGGCUCGACAUCGACCCGUCGCCGCGGCUCUGGGCCCUGCUCGGCGACCUUAUGCGCGACCCGGUGUACUACGAGCGCGCGUGGCGCGAGUCGGGCGGUCGCUUCCCGCGCGCCCAGCGCGCAUGGGGCAAGCUCGCCUUCCAGGCCAAGGACUACGCCGGUGCCAUCGAGCACUUUGAGCUUGCGCUCGCCAUCAACCCCAUUUUCCCCGAGAUCUGGUUCUCCAUGGGCAUGGCGUCGAUGUUUGCGCAGGCAUGGGAGGUUGGCUCGCGCGCCUUUUCGCGCGUUGUCCAGCUCGACCCGACCCACGGUGAGGGCUGGGCCAACCUCUCGGGCGUCUACCAGCGAGCCAACGAGCCACGCAAGGCCUUCCACGCUAUGGAGCAGGCGCUCAAGUUUAAGCGCGAGGCCUGGCGCAUGUGGGAGAACUUUCUGUACAUCUGCAUGCAGCUCGGCGAGCUAGAGCAGGCCAUGCAGGCUCUCCGCAACAAGAUCCAGUACAACAACGCCCAGGCCCAGGAGAACGACGCCGAUCCUCGCGUCCUCUACGCCCUCGUCACUCACCUCAACAACCUUCUCAAGGCCGUCCGCGAGCUCGACCCGAGCGACACCUCGCCCGACGCCAAGGCCCUCGAGCGCAAGGCCGUCCGUUUCGAGUCGACCUUGACCAACUUGUUCGACUUUAUCACGGCGCGCAUCACGACCAAUCCCGAGGUGUGGGACGCGCAUGCGCAGCUGCUCAAGAUCAAGGGCGCGCCGGCACUCAGCAUCGUUGAGUCGGUCCUCAAGCGCGCCCGCGCAGCCCGCAAGCCCAACUGGGAGCAGGAGGCCUCGCUGUUCGAGGGUGUUGCCGACUCGUCGCUCGCGCUCGCCACUGAGCUCGACGACAUCGAGGCGGUCGCUGUCGGCGCCGGCGACACCUCUGUGUCCGCUGCCUUUGCCACCCUCCGCCCGUCCAUCCUCCUCCUCCUCAACUCGGUGGUGGCGCGCUCGGAGCGAUUCUUCGAAGACUCGCCCAAGCGCGCAGAGCUCGUCGAACUUGUCGCUCGUCUUGAGGAACGGACCGCGUCCGUGGCCGCCGCCGCGGCGUCGGCCGAUGCCUCUGACUCUGGUGCUUCUGGCGCUGACGCCGGCGCCGGCGCCGCCGAGUCUUCGGUCUGAGCCGCUGUCCCGUCAUAGCGCGUUUCCCUGCCAUGCGUCGGCAGCUUCGGCGAAGAACGCCUGCGCCGCUUCGCUCGCCGCAGCCGAGUCCGGCGCAACGUACGCGGCAAAGCGCGCGUCGG